AGUAGGCUGCACACACAUACACACACACUCACUCAGGCACACACGCACGUUGCCUCAGCGAGCAAGCAGCCUUUACUGGCGGAGCAGCGUGUAGACCGAUGCCAGACUGCGAGGAGAGACUGAACUGAGCGGAGGUGCGCUCCGGGGCGACUCAAGCUUCUCGCGUAAAACAUGAACGGAACCUAUAUUUGAAAAGUGAAGAGAGUGUAUCGGAGUGACUACAUUUGCCUGUGCAUUCUCCACUCAAAAGCAUUUCGUUGGGGACUUCCAGAAUUUGUGGAGCGACUGCGGAGUGCUGUGGCAAGGGACGGUGAGGCAUCGCCCUCAAACGGGGAGGUAACGGGGUCCUACUCACUAACCGUUCUCCAGGGAAAACGCCAAACUCAAGGAACCCGCAGGGGCAAUGGCGCUAUCCAACCGGGACAAAUCAUCAGUCAUGGUCGCAAGGAAUAUGUUUUAAUGUCACUGCUAUGCGCUGUGUCCGUGAACAGACAGGCGUCUUUCUAGCGAUACCUUUCAGAGACGAGCAACGGCUGCCUAUUUUCGAACGCUCUUCGCCCGUCUGAUACCCACGAGACGCGCCUAAGGGCUGAAAAGCAACGAAGAAGUUGGAAAAAGACUCCAAAGACUACACGAAAACCAAAAACUACCUUCUUCAACACCCAGCCUUAUCGCACUCAGGCUAUAUACCCAACUGCCUACACUGACACAUCCAGUUAUUUAUGGGACAAGAGGGAAAGUCUUCAUAGCCCUCAUCUGUAGGAUAUCAAGGGGGAGAGGGGAAGCGACAAAAAAACAUCAGUUAACAGCUGCAAGACAUCAGUGGCAACCAAUACUACAAGAUGGAUAUUUUAUCUUCGUUGUUUGGAUUUGUACUGGCUCUUUGUGUAACGCUGAAAGUGCAAGGGGAAGAAGCAGCGGUAGUACAGUGUGGCGGCAAGGUGGAUGCCAGCGAGGCGGGCUACAUCACGUCCCCGGGGUACCCGCUGGAGUACCCUCCGUACCAGAGCUGCCAGUGGGUGAUCACCGCCCCCGAGCCGUCGCAACGCAUCGCCCUCAACUUCAACCCGCACUUCGAGAUGGAGAAGUUGGACUGCAGAUAUGACUUCAUCGAGAUCCACGAUGGCAAUUCGGAGGGGGCGGAGCUUCUGGGCAAGCACUGCAGCAACAUCGCGCCGCCGCCAAUCAUCUCGUCCGGCCCUUCCGUCCACAUCAAGUUCGUCUCGGACUACGCCCACCAGGGAGCGGGCUUCUCGCUGCGCUACGAGAUCUACAAGACAGGUGCCGAAUACUGCUUCCGCAACUUCACCAGUCCGUCGGGCGUGAUCGAGUCGCCGGGCUUCCCGGACAAGUACCCGCACAACCUGGAGUGCUCCUUCAUCAUCAUCUCGCCGCCGCGCAUGGAGGUCACGCUCACCUUUCUGACCUUUGACCUGGAGAACGACCCGCUGCUGCUGGGCGAGGGCGACUGCAAGUACGACUGGCUGGACGUGUGGGACGGCCUGCCCCAGGUUGGGCCGCUGAUCGGGCGCUACUGUGGCACCAAGAUCCCUCCUGAGAUCCAGUCGUCCACGGGGCUGCUCUCCCUCACCUUCCACACAGACAUGGCCGUGGCUAAAGACGGCUUCUCUGCUCGCUACAACAUGACCUACAGGGAGGUCAGCGACACCGCGUUCCACUGCAGCAACCCGUUUGGCAUGGAGUCGGGCCGCAUCUCGGACGACCAGAUCACCGCCUCCUCCUACUUCUACGACGGCCGCUGGCUGCCGCGUCAGGCGCGCCUCAACAACGACGACAACGCCUGGACGCCCAACGAGGACACCAACAAGGAAUACAUACAGGUGGACCUGCACUUUCUGAAGGUGCUGACGGGCAUAGCGACCCAGGGUGCCAUCUCCAAGGAGACCCAGAAGUCCUACUACGUGUCCACCUUCAAGCUGGAGGUCAGCACCAACGGAGAAGACUGGAUGGUCUACCGCCACGGCAAGAACCACAAGAUUUUCCAUGCCAACACGGACCCGUCUGAAGUGGUGCUGAACAGAGUUCCUCAGCCCGUUCUGGCCCGAUUUGUUCGGAUCCGACCACAGACGUGGAACAACGGCAUCGCACUGCGCUUUGAGCUUUACGGCUGCCAAAUCACUGAUGCUCCUUGCUCUGAGCUGCAGGGGAUGCUCUCGGGCCAGCUAGCCGACUCCCAGAUCUCGGCCUCGUCCACGCGAGACCUCCACUGGACGCCCAGCUCCGCGCGCCUGGUGGCCAGCAGGUCCGGCUGGUUCCCCCAGCCCACGCAGCCCCUGUCCGGGGAGGAGUGGCUGCAGGUGGACCUGGGCCAGCUGAAGACGGUGCGGGGCAUCAUCACCCAGGGGGCCCGCAGCAGCGAGAGUGGGGGGGCCAGUGCCGACAACAAGGCCUUCGUCAGGAAGUACCGCCUGGCCCACAGCCUCUCCGGCAAGGACUGGAACUGGAUCAUGGACAGCAAGACCAGCAUGCCAAAGGUGUUCGAGGGCAACACCCACUAUGACACCCCGGAGCUGCGGCGGUUCGAGGAGACCGUGGCCCAGUUCCUGCGCGUCUACCCAGAGAGGUGGUCUCCCGCUGGCAUCGGCAUGAGGAUGGAGGUGCUCGGCUGCAACCUGCCAGAAACCAGCACUCUCCCAGAGAGCACGACUACCACCACUGCCGCACCCACCCAGCCCAUCACCAACGACACCUUUGGCACAGCCUACAGCACUCUCCCGUCCUCUGGGAGCGGAGUGUGUAACUUCGACCAGCCCCUGUGCGAGUGGACUCACGACCCCACCUCUGGCGACCUGUGGGCCCAGCACAGCAGCAGCAGCAGCAGCAGCACCACCACCGGCACCACCGUGGACUCCUUACUGGACCUCAUCCUGGGCUCCAAUAGCAUUAAGGACUACCUGUACUUGGAGGCCAGCCCUGAGCGUGAGGGCCAGCGGGCGCGUAUCCUGAGCCCCGUGGUGCCCGUGGACAUGGGCCCCCGCUGCCUACUCUUCUCCUACCAGCUGCUGGGGCCCGGGGCCCUGCGCGUGCUGCUGAGGGACUCCAGCCUGGAGGAGACCGUGCUGUGGGACCUGCAGGGUGACCAGGGGCCCCUCUGGAAGGAGGGCCGGACCAUCCUCCCACGAUCCCCCAAAGAGCUUGAGGUGGUGAUUGAGGGCCUGUUUGAGCAGGGUGCCAAAGGCCACAUCUGGCUCGCCGACGUGCACAUGAACCUGAGCGUACCGCUGGAGGAGUGUACACGGCCGGCUGCUGCCUUCCCUCCUUUCAUGACAGAGGAGAAAGUGGUGCAGAAGGGAGAUAGCCGACUGCCCAACCUUGCUGAUCAGUUCAACCCAGCAGGCUACCCAUUCGUGUCGGAGUGGACCACGCCGCUGCCCUCGGACCUCCCCGUGACCCGGGUCUCGGAGAAGGACUCCAACUCCUGGCUGUCCACGCUGGACCCCAUACUGCUCACCAUCAUCGUCAUGAGCUCGCUGGGCGUGCUGCUGGGGGCGGUGUGCGCCGGCCUGCUGCUCUACUGCACCUGCUCCUACAGCGGCCUCUCCUCGCGCUCCUCCACCACCCUGGAGAACUACAACUUCGAGCUGUACGAUGGGAUCAAGCACAAGGUCAAGCUCAACCAGCAGAGGUGCUGCUCCGAGGCCUGAGCUGAGCUGAGCUGAGCUGGGCUGAGGAGGACGGUGGAUGGAUGGAUGGAUGGAUGGAUAGCUGGAUGGAUGGAUGGAGGAGACGGAGUUGGAGAAGGUGGUGGAGGAGGUGGGAAGCAGGAAGGAAAAGGAGGACUGUCCAAUCUAAAGAGGAGGAGGAGGAGGAGGAGGAGGAGGAGAAGGGGGUUAAGUUACCAAGGUGCCAAAAUCUCUCACAAGUCCCCCGUGAUCCUCUUCUGCUUCUCUUCCUUCUCUGUUGGUUGGAGGCCUCCAUAAUGACUUAACCAUUUCCCCCUCCCCCGAAAAAAAAAACCUCCUCCUCUUUGGGAGGGUUUUACAGACCUGGCUUCGACAUCUCUUGAUUGCCUUCUCUGACCUCAGACUAUCAAAACCCCUGUGCAGGUAUGACAGGAUGGAGGAGGAGAUGGAAGAGGGGGAGAAAGGGGCAUUGAAUCAAGCUGCUUUUUUAAAGAAAAAAAAUGUCCUGCCAGAUCUUGGCAAUCAAGACGAAAAACAAAAUGGCGGAAUGCAAGGCCAUGGAAGUGUCUUUUUGGACUCGCGCUGAUCUGAGGACCAGGGACAAGAAGGAUUUUUUUUGUUUUGUUUUGUGCUGGAAAAGAGAGCUACGUAUGGGGGGGACGCAUGAACUCAGAAUCAAAAAUAUCAACACAUAUCAUGUUUAUGCCUAUUCCAAAACAAAGAGAGAGAGAGAAAGAGAAAACUAUAUAUGAAAAAAGACUCCGCUUAGAUUUCUGAAGGUCUAAUUUUUAAAAAAUCGUGGACUUUUUAAAAUAAAAGGAAAGACAGAAAGAGGGAAGGAAGUGGGUUUUUUUUUUCGUUCAGGGUUGCUGCGAGUUUUCUCCUGGAGUAGUGCUAAAAGUCUAGACACCUAGGCGUCGAUUGUGGUUGCUUUUUUUGUGGAAACAUUCUUACUUUUUUGGCUACUUGGUUGAAUACCUAUGUUGUGUUAUUGUCACCUUACCCUCUUGCCCUAGCCACAGUCAGUUGUUUGUAUUGACUUUAGAGGCCCCCGGUCCCAUCUGUCCAUUUAUUGACCUGUCCUUUACGCAUCAUUUCAGCUCCUGCAAAAAGUUUGUGUUUUUUAAAAAAUGUUUAGGACUAUUGCCAAUCUGUAUACGGGAAGAUGGAGUUCAUCUUUUCCAUCCAUCAGAGAGACAUUGUGAACGACAAAAAAAACCAAUCCAUUCAACCUGUUUAUGGGUAGAAGAAUAGAAGGUGGUUUAGGCCCUGGAUGUAUAUAUAAACUGUGGUUUAUGUGUGGAAGGGGGAAGAGGAGAGAGGCAAGAGAACUGGUGCGUGCACACAUCCGCCCACACACCUCCACACACCACGCUCACACCAUCAUCUCUCCUCUCUUGCUCUCUCUUUUUUUCUUUCUCUGCCUCUGCUUCUAUCUGUCUAUCUCUCUCUCUCCCUCUUUUUCUCCCUCUUAUCGUGUGAAACAGCCAGGGAGGUUUUUUUUUCAGUGCAUCCUAUGGAUUGCAAGGAGAUUGGUGAGCCAAAGGACCUGCAGGCUUUUUGCAGAUGGCAGACGACACACGCACGCGCACGCACGCGCACGCACACACACACACACACACACACACACACACACACACACACACACACACACACACACACACACACACAGAUUAACAGAGAGAGGACAUAGAACAACAGGGAGAGUGACGCAUGGUGAGGCUGAAGACACAAAGAUGAUGGAGCAAGACGAAGAGACGGAGAGAAAGACAGAAUACAGAGUGGGAUGGCCUGAGGAGGAGUGGAGGAAAAGGAGGGGAAAAAAAACAACCUCACAGUUCUCUGUUGUCCUAUCCUCUGGCUAGCAAAACAAAGAAUAACACAGAGAAAGAGGUGUGCUAGAGAGGAAAAAGGGAGAAAAUUGCAGGUAAAGACCAAGUCAGGCUCGGAGGAAGAGUAACUCAGAUUUUUCAGUUUUUGUCACCGAAAAGCCCUGAGCAGUUUUGACGGAAGACCGGUGGGCUGGGCCUUGUCUUGCUUUUUUCAUGGCCUUCAUCUUUUAUACUCCCUGUCAGCCAUUUUUCACCCCCUCUCCUCACACAUGCUCACCCACCCAGGGAAGCCUACCGGGCAGGACCAAAGGGUCAGUUGUCCCAGGCCCAGGCCCAGGGUGGGGGUGGAGGGGGUUAGAAUUGGGUCCUCAUUGCAUUGGGGGGGUUCUUCCAGAUGACUACGUCCUGGGCUCAGCGAAAGCUUUCAGGGGCCCUGCACCCACCUCCUCACACACUCUCAACCCCUCCCCUUCUUUAAGAGCCGAGGUUAACAGAACACACAUUUUUCUCGCUCUUUUUUUUCGGGCGGUAAAUCGAGGGGCAAGGAUCCUUUGUCAGCUCCUCUUAGGAGACAGGAGGUGUAAAUCUCUCUUUGGGUUCUGUCUUCGUCGAAAUGGGGCCGUCUCGUCUGUAAAAUCGCACAUGCAUGCACAUUUUCACACACGCAGUCACGCACACAUAUACUGUACACAGAAACACACACACACACACACAUACAAACAUGAAUUGUGUGUCACACAUAUCCACAUGAAAAAGCAUAAAAAUGCAUCGACAGCCACACAUACAUUUCCUGCUGCACACACACACACACAAAACAGGCACACACAUUCACACAUGCAGUAAGAGCAUGCCCGUGGACACACCCACACACACACACACACACACACACACACACACACACACACACACACACACACACACACACACACACACACACACACACUACUGCAACGAAAGAAAGACACACACAAACAUACACCUGGCUUGGUUUUCCGUGUUUAGCCUGCAACCGCCUGAGCUUGAGGCCACCCUGGGUUUCAGGAUGUGGAUUCGCUCUGAAAAGAUGCCAAGCCAGGUGAGCUUUUAUCAGGCCGUGGGGGACUGGGCUGGCCAUAAGGUGAACCGCUGGACAUCCAUGGACAGACAGACAGACAGACAGAUAUCCCAUGGCUCCACACACACCCUCUCCCUCCUCUCUCUCACUGUCUUUCACACACUAUCUCUUUCGCUCACUCGCUUGCUUUCUAUCUCUUGUCUCAGAGACUCAUCCCCCUCCCGUAACUGGACCGCCCGGACAGACAGACAGACGCGAUUUUUCCAAGUGCCUUGGAGCUUCUCUGAUCCAUAGCCUCAGUUUUCCCCCGGGGAAGAACCCACGGGGGGAGGACAAAAAAAAGGUUUUCGGAACGUUGGGAAAAUGGACACGUUCUUUAAAAAAAAAAAAAGACUUUUACGGACUUACAAAAAAUAAAGGCACUGGUCAGACUUUCAGUUGUUUGGAGACUUUGUACAGAAAUGUGCUUUUUAUGAUGAGUAUUGUUAUUAUUAUUAUUAUUUAAUAAAGGAUU